AUGCCAUGGACUGAUUGCUGUAGGACGAAGAUCUCUAUAGUCUAUACAUUCUUUGAACCAGAGCUUCCUUCCGAGGUACCAGUGCAAACUAUUCCUCGACCCACAUCAGUACCAACUCCUGUCAACCCGUCUUUGCCCAAGACCUCAACGGGUAAAAGUGGUUCGAAGGGAUCCCGCUUUAAGAAGCAACGAUCAUUGUCAACUUUAGUAAAGAGAGCUAAUAUUGGAAUUGUACGUGCUUGGAGGCCAACAUUAAUGCGUGAUAAAAUGUCUCUGCAUGAAGGUUCUUCAGUGCUUGACCUCAAGGGUGACAACUACUUCUCUUGUGCUGUUGGGAGAAAGCGAUCCAGUGCAAGAUAUCUCCUUAACUCGUCAGACCAAUGCCUGCCCGCUCAGAAGAUGAAGCAAUGCCUCUCGAUUCAGAAGGUGAGCACUGCCUCUCCACUCAGAAAGCGGAGCAGUGCCUCUGAACUCAGAAGGUGGAGAACAAAUUGCUGA